UGAGGAGAUCUCAGUAUUUAUAGGACACUGUUGAGGCAGUUUAUCCAUGUAGUGCUUUUUCUUAGUUCCAAUGGCGUACAGAGAGAGCAGGGGCAGUAGGAUUUUACUAUCUUUAGGACUUUUAGUGUUUGCUAGUUCGUUUUGCCAUUGCACAAAACUGACAAAACUUAAGGCAUUGGAUGAACUAAGAGAAAACUCAACACUAGGCAAAAGUCAAGCUAAAGCAGGGGAUCUGCGCUAUGGAAGACUCUUAAUUGGGCAAAAUUCUCUGCCAGAUGAUAAACUCAAUGGAACCAAAGCCACAAAGAACUUCUGGGAUGUCGAUACAGAUUACCAAGAGGACAUGGGUUGGGGCAACCCUGAACAACUUCAAAGACUGGGUUAUGGCUUUUCAAAGCCAGAUAAUGCAGCAGUGGAACGACUCCUUCUAAUGGACCCAAAGGUUGAAUGUACAGGAGACUCCAUGAAGCUUCAAGUCCAAAAUGCUGCCUCUACCCCUGGAUCUCUGUUCUUUGUGGAUAGGGGAAGUCUCAUGUCUCCUCUGGCUCUGUCUAAGUUGCCACCAAGCUGUGGUUACAACAUCAGGUCAACGCGAAGAGAUUUGGUCUUAGUUGCACCUUACGAUGGAUGCUUUGUUGUUCUUGAGGAGGAUAGCUAUGUUCUCCCAAUCCGUUGGUUGGGGUUAAACGUGAGGAUGUCGUGCCCUUUGAUGCCGUCUUCACCUAACCCACCGAUGGUCACCUGCCACGCUGAGGGCAUGGUUGUGAAAACUGGAUGGACAGUCUCAAUCGCUGAAAUUAAUAUAAAUUUAAAUGGUAACUGGGAGCCACUGAUGAAGGCUUCAUCCAGAUGUGGAUUCAGUGUAGUUGUACAUCCCGAAGGUGUGGUCAUCUCUGUUCACUAUACACCCUGCAUGGAGAUAAAAGAUGGAAUGUACACCCUUGAAUUGGCUGGAGAGGGAGAAACUAAAAUGUCCUGUCCUCCACUGCCUUGGCCACCAGCAUCUGGAGCUCCACAGCAGCAGCCCUUCUACCCUCAGCUAGAGGCUGAAAAGCAAACUGCUGAGCCAAGGCCUGUGUGGACUAAAGCCCCUCAGGGUAAAGUACAACCACCAUUCUACCUCUACCCCUUCUACCCUCAGCCAGUGACUGAAAAGCCAACUGCUGCUCCAAGGCCUCCACAGACUGAAGCCCCUCAGGGCCCAGUACAACCACUGUUCUACCCUCAGCCAGAGACUGAAAAGCCAACUGCUGCUCCAAGGCCUCCACAGACUGAAGCCCCUCAGGGCCCAGUACAACCACUGUUCUACCCUCAGCCAGAGACUGAAAAGCCAACUGCUGCUCCAAGGCCUCCACAGACUAAAGCCCCUCAGGGCAAAGUACAACCACCGUUCUACCUCUACCCCUUCUACCCUCAGCCAGUGACUGAAAAGCCAACUGCUGAUCCAAGGCCUCCACAGACUGAAGCCCCUCAGGGCCCAGUACAACCACCAUUCUACCCUCAGCCAGAGACUGAAAAGCCAACUGCUGCUCCAAGGCCUCCACAGACUAAAGCCCCUCAGGGCCAAGUACGACUACCAUUCUACCCCUACCCCUUCUACCCUCAGCCAGAGACUGAAAAGCCAACUGCUGAUCCAAGGCCUCCACAGACUGAAGCCCCUCAGGGCCCAGUACAAACACUGUUCUACCCUCAGCCAGAGACUGAAAAGCCAACUGCUGAUCCAAGGCCUCCACAGACUAAAGCCCCUCAGGGCAAAGUACAACCACCGUUCUACCUCUACCCCUUCUACCCUCAGCCAGUGACUGAAAAGCCAACUGCUGAUCCAAGGCCUCCACAGACUGAAGCCCCUCAGGGCCAAGUACGACUACCAUUCUACCCCUACCCCUUCUACCCUCAGCCAGAGACGGAAAAGCCAACUGCUGAUCCAAGGCCUCCACAGACUGAAGCCCCUCAGGGCCCAGUACAACCACCAUUCUACCCUCAGCCAGAGACUGAAAAGCCAACUGCUGCUCCAAGGCCUCCACAGACUAAAGCCCCUCAGGGCAAAGUACAACCACCAUUCUACCUCUACCCCUUCUACCCUCAGCCAGAGACUGAAAAGCCAACUGCUGCUCCAAGGCCUCCACAGACUAAAGCCCCUCAGGGCCAAGUACGACUACAAUUCUACCCCUACCCCUUCUACCCUCAGCCAGAGACUGAAAAGCCAACUGCUGAUCCAAGGCCUCCACAGACUAAAGCCCCUCAGGGCAAAGUACAACCACCGUUCUACCUCUACCCCUUCUACCCUCAGCCAGAGACUGAAAAGCCAACUGCUGAUCCAAGGCCUCCACAGACUGAAGCCCCUCAGGGCCCAGUACAACCACCGUUCUACCCUCAGCCAGAGACUGAAAAGCCAACUGCUGCUCCAAGGCCUCCACAGACUAAAGCCCCUCAGGGCAAAGUACAACCACCGUUCUACCUCUACCCCUUCUACCCUCAGCCAGAGACUGAAAAGCCAACUGCUGCUCAAAGGCCUCCACAGACUAAAGCCCCUCAGGGCCAAGUACGACUACCAUUCUACCCCUACCCCUUCUACCCUCAGCCAGAGACUGAAAAGCCAACUGCUGAUCCAAGGCCUCCACAGACUGAAGCCCCUCAGGGCCCAGUACAAACACUGUUCUACCCUCAGCCAGAGACUGAAAAGCCAACUGCUGAUCCAAGGCCUCCACAGACUAAAGCCCCUCAGGGCAAAGUACAACCACCGUUCUACCUCUACCCCUUCUACCCUCAGCCAGUGACUGAAAAGCCAACUGCUGAUCCAAGGCCUCCACAGACUGAAGCCCCUCAGGGCCAAGUACGACUACCAUUCUACCCCUACCCCUUCUACCCUCAGCCAGAGACGGAAAAGCCAACUGCUGAUCCAAGGCCUCCACAGACUGAAGCCCCUCAGGGCCCAGUACAACCACUGUUCUACCCUCAGCCAGAGACUGAAAAGCCAACUGCUGCUCCAAGGCCUCCACAGACUAAAGCCCCUCAGGGCCAAGUACGACUACCAUUCUACCCCUUCUACCCUCAGCCAGAGACUGAAAAGCCAACUGCGGAUCCAAGGCCUCCACAGACUGAAGCCCCUCAGGGCCCAGUACAACCACUGUUCUACCCUCAGCCAGAGACUGAAAAGCCAACUGCUGCUCCAAGGCCUCCACAGACUAAAGCCCCUCAGGGCAAAGUACAACCACCGUUCUACCUCUACCCUCAGCCAGUGACUGAAAAGCCAACUGCUGCUCCAAGGCCUCCACAGACUAAAGCCCCUCAGGGCAAAGUACAACCACCAUUCUACAUCUACCACUUCUACCCUCAGCCAGAGACUGAAAAGCCUGUAACAUCACCCCCUGCUACCACCAUGCAGCAACCACAACCGGUCAUAACUCUCACCAGUGAACAACCUCCCCUGGAAUCUGAUUUUCCACAACCUAGUAAUAGUGAUGUAGUCCCACAAGACCCUCAACAGGGCUCUCCAUAUAUGCGACCUGUGUCCUGCCCUCAGUUUUGCCUAUCUGGAAUUUCUAAUUGCUGUCCACAAAUUGCUUUUCAUCAACAUCACCAUCAUAUUAUUCCUUCUGGGCUUGGUAGUAAAGAUGCACCUUCACUUUAUCCAGGACUGCCAUUCCCCCAAUUGGCAUAUUCUGGGUUUCACAGUAGUUUAGAUUCUGGUCCCCUUCCUCAAAAGCCAACCAAAAUGAUGAUGCAAGCUACCCCAACUGCUACCAUAGCUCAGUCCCAGUACCUUCCAUAUCCCCAGCCACCAGAUGGCAACCCUGCUAUACUAAAUUAUCCCAGCAAGCCUGCAAGGUUUGAACAGCCACUUUAUCCUUUUGUACCAAAUUCACUAUAUCCUUAUUGGCAAUAUUUACCACAAAAUGAGGCACUGCAAAGACUACCACAAAGCCAAUCACCAGCUCACUACAAUGUGCACUCUAAACGUCACACUCCAGGUAGUGAACCAGUAAAUCCAGUGCUGCAAUAUAAUAAACCGUCUCCAAUGCAGCAAAAUGGCCAAUUGGCAUGGGACAUUAAUAAUUCCUCUGGGCCUGAUUUCAUGUCUCAUAUUGGUAAAUAUCUAAAUCAGCAGCAGAAUACACCUAAAGCUGGGGAACUACAACAAUCUAAUGAAGCCAGUAAAUCUAGGCUAAUGCAUCCAAAGGUCAAAAGUGAAACUGAUCGUCCUCUGGUCCCCUACAACAUGCUUCAAGAUGCUAAAGCACAAACUUAUGACAAGUUGACCCCCAACAAUGCCUCCCAGCCAGAAGAUCAACAGACUGUUCACUCCUAUGUUGAACCAAAGAGUUAUGUGCUGCUACAGCAUGGCCCACCAGAUAGAGGGUCAAAUCAUUCCAAUGAAUCUCCACUGCCUUCCAGAGACCUGGUUUAUGAUGCAGACUUGAAGGCACAAAAUCUUGCAAGGCAUCACAGCAGCAAACUUCAAGAUUCUCAAAAUGUGAAGCCCCCACAAAACCCCCAACACCCCAAAAUGUUGGGGCAAGAAAUGUCUCAUCCCUUACUUGAUGUCAACUACAUUCCAAGGCCUGAUGAUAAAUCAAGUUUACCAUUUAUCUCUUUGGAUGACCCACAUUCUGUUCCUUUGCCCCAGGACCCCUUUGUCAAUGGGGCACAUUUAAACCCUAAAUUCAAAGACUUCUGGAGGCCUAUGACACCUCUUGGCUCCAGCCAAAGCAUUGAACCUCAUGUUCUUGUAAAAGCAUUUCAACAAAGCUCUGCAGCUGACCAACAAGCAGAUGGACUUAACCAACCCAACCAGCCCAUCCUUCAGAGAGGUGGAAAUCAGAGGCAGAAAUGAGUUACCUUCAAUGUGAAUAAACAAUUGGAACUAGA